AUGUUUUUUAUAAAAACUGGAUGCUCUGCAAUCAGUUACUCGUCCGAGAACACGUCGCUCCACGAUAUGAUGAUGGAGUACAACGUGAAAUCGAAGUACGCCAGAUCAAAAUUCUUAUACGUGCUCCUGAAUCAUCUGUCGGACCUCUUCAACUUCACCAUGGACAUCAUGCAAAUAAAUGCGCGAAGAAGAUUCGAUAAUUCCGGCCCCGUUUUCGCGGCUUUUAAAAGGAAACUCGUUGACCUUUCGGCAAGCCCUGUCGCAAUGAAGAUCGAUAGAUUGAACAACGGAGACAUAAUUGGGCCUGUGUGGCCAAUACGGUCAUGCUUUAUGUUUCGGACGAUUUCAUCCAUGAAAGUAAAGCCUGGUCAAUUUCUGCAGCCAUUGUCCCCGAAGGUGUGGUACUCGAUCCUCGGCAUGACAGGGAUCGUUACUUCGAUAUUAAUUCUUCUCAUAAGGAUGGAAGGAAUUCGCAAUUCCGUGGAGAGCUACGGUCUUUCUCUCAUACUAACGAUAGGAGCUUUGUCGCAGCAAGGUUCCGCGUUUAUCCCGUCUCGCAUCGCAGCCCGCAUCGCUUUCCUACAAAUUUUACUAUUCAGUGUAUUAAUCUUUAAUUAUUACUCGGCGAGCGUCGUGUCGAAUCGUUUGAAGAACAAAGGCGAGAAAAUGAACGAUUCCUUGAUCAGCUUGAUGAAAAGCAACAUGAAACUCGCGGUGGAACCAACGCCGUACAUUCGCUCCUUCCUCGAGGUGCCAGACAAAGAAGUGAGAUACUUUUACGAGAAUCGUUGGACGAAAAUACCCGAAUACAACAGGUACUUGCCCCUAGAGGAGGGACUGAACCGCGUAGCGGAAGGAACUCUGGCUUAUCAUGCGAUGAGUGAUAAUGCUUAUCCGUACAUCGAACAUCACUUCAACGACCGCAGCAUCUGCGAGCUCACGGAGGUUCAUCUGUUCCGCACGGUCCUGGCGUUUUUCGCCAGGCGCAAAAGCCCUUUCACCGAAUUUAUGAAAAUUGGAUUGACGAAGAUCCGCAACGUUGGUAUUCAAAACCGCGAAUGGAAACGAUGGUCAGCCAGAAAACCAUACUGUCCUACCAAUCUACUUAUCGCCGAACCUUUAUCGAUACAAGAAGCUGCACCGAUAUUCGUGUUCUUGUGUAUCUCCGUGGGAUUCUCGUUGCUCGUCUGCGCGACGGAGAAUCUCUUCUACAUGGUCGCGCCUACACGGAUAUCGAGCGCCGUGACGGAAGAGAAACAUUUGAUCGACGGAAGUACACCGUCUCCGCAAAACGCUAAUCUACAGUCGCUGAAAAAAUUCACCUUGUUCAAAGAAUGGAUGGAUGCGCAAAGAAACUUAAAUCGCGAUGGUUCGUGCGACUUUGAUCUGCUGAAAACGCUGAGCACCACGGGAAUAUUUACAAUAAUAAGGGAACCCACCGUGAAGAUCGACUUCCGCAGGUUCUUGAGGAGCGAAACGUGGACGGUGGGCGUCGUCGUCGAUCUGCGUUGCCUCAACGAUACCGCUUAUCGAAUUUUCGGCGAGAGCUCCAAGUACAGAAUGUACGAUUACUCGUACAACUGGCUAGUGAUGGGCUCGAAUUACAGCGAAAGCGUGCCUGCGUUAAACGACAGUGCUUACAACAUGGUGACGGACGUUGUUCUCGCUAUAUCGAACAGAAACGGUUACGACCUGUACGACGUGUUCAACCAUUGCAAAUACAGGGGUGGUUCGUUGAACGUCACGGAACUUGGCACUUGGCACCGCGACUCCGGCCUGAACAUCACUCUUACGCAGCCUUUAAUUAAUAGAAGAGCCAACAUGCACGGAUUGAGAUUGAAAAUAUCCGGCGUGAUACAGUACAGGCCGAAAGACAUGCGUCUCGAGGAUUACAUGCAGGACAUUAAUACAAGAUCCUUGGACAGCAUGCACAAAUUUGUGCACGCAAUGAUCCUGCACACGGGAGAUCUCUUUAAUUUUAGUGUACACGCAUCCGAAAUCAUUUACUGGGACAGACACAGCGUGCACGGUUUGAUUUUCGAGUUCUUGCAGUCGAACUACAUCGAUUUCGCUAGCAAUCCAAGGAUUAUGGUUUCCGAGCGAUUAGAUUAUGCCAGCCUAAUCGGCGCAGCGUGGCCGAUUCGGCCCUGUUUCAUGCUGCUGUCGACCUCGAGCAACAAGAUCAAAAUGGAGAUCUUCUUGAAGCCGUUCACGCGAAAGACGUGGUACAUGUUCGCGGGUUUUGGGUUAUUCUUCAUAUUCGUCAUGAAAACAGUGAUGAACCGCGAGGGAAUCGGGAAGAGAGAAAAGUAUUCCGGAGCAGUGGUGUUGUCGAUAGGAAUCUUGUCACAGCAGGGUGCGAACAUUCUACCAAAACGUAUAGCCAGUCGCAUAGCGCUUUUCCAGUUGACGGUACACUGCUGGAUAAUGUACAAUUAUUAUUCGGCUAGUAUCGUCUCGGCUCGAUUGAGCGAACCACUGGACAUGAUGGAGGAUUCCGUGACUGUUCUCGCCGACAGCGAUUUAAAAAUUGCUGCGGAGGCUGUGCCUUAUCUUAACUACUUCCUGUACAAACUGAAUUGGGAGUCGGAUUACUUUCGGAAGAAGCGCUGGGAUCCCCUGCCAGAGUCGAAGAGGUACUUGCCUAUAGAAGAAGGCAUCAGACAAGUCAGCCAAGGGAUUCUAGCUUAUCACACGGACCCCAAUACCGCGUAUCCUUACGUCGAGAGGAUGUUCGAUUCGAAUAAAAUCUGCGCUUUGACGGAGAUACACUUGUUUAAACAAUCUGUGAUGGGCAUGUACGCCAGUCACAAUGGACAGUUCAUCGAGAUGGCGAAAAUAGGAUUGACGAAGAUGUUCAAUACGGGUCUCCGUCAUCGACAAAUCAAGCACUGGUCGUCGAGAAAACCCCAAUGUCAACCUGACACGUUAUCAACGAGAAGCAUCACGAUCUACGAGACUGCUCCCGCCUUGAUUUUGUUGACGUUUGGCCUGCUAGUGGCUGGAGGAAUUUGCAUCGUGGAAAUAAUUGCUCACAGGCGUUCGAUGAACGUCGACUUUAUUCGCGAUUAUUUCGUUUAUAAAGACGUCACAAGGGUAGCUGGACUUUCCUGCAGAGAGUACGACAACAACUACCAAAUCAUCAGGCUCCUCAACGAUGUUGGAAUUUCGGUUUCGAUACACCAGCUCGGAUCAACCGUCAAUAUAUCGCGAUUCUUGCACACCGAGUACCGGGGCUUAGGUGUGUUUUUAGAUCUACGAUGUUCAACAGACGAGGAGAGCGUGACAAUUUUCAACGAGGCUUCAGCCAGCAACAUGUUCGAAAAAUUGCAUCGGUGGUUGGUUCUGGGGACAAAUAUGAGUCUCGAUGAACGAGUGUUGAACGACAGCACGUUCAGCGUCGUCACCGAUUUUGUGAUUUCUAUACCGAGGAACGACGACGAUUACGUCUUGUACGAUCUCUAUAAUCAUUGCAAACAUUGCGGUGGUUCGCUCAACAUCACAGAAUUUGGCAGCUGGACGAAGAACAGUGGAUUGGCCGUCACUUUGCGCGAUGGAAAAAUCGCCAGACGAUGGAACUUUCAUAAAAUGAAAGUCAAGACUGCUGGUAUUGUAGAAUGUAGACCGAAGGAUCAAGAUCUGAUAGAAUACCUUGAAAAAAGGAAUACCUUACUAGAUGACCACUGGUCCAAAUUCGGAUUCGCCAUUAUAAAACAGAUGACCAGCAUGUUCAAUAUCACUCUCGAUUUAAUCGAAUUAAGCCAUUGGGAAAAACACGAUAGAAACGGUCCAGUGUUCGCCGGUUUCAGAGAUCGACGUUUCGAUUUAAGCUAUUAUCCGUCGAUCCUGACAAACGAAAGACUAAAUUUUGCCGACGUGAUGGUGCAACUGUGGCCUGCAAGAACCUGCUUUUUGUUUCUUGCCGUACCUUCCACGAACUUGGAUAUGCAAAUUAUAUUCAGACCAUUCGAAAAAAAUGUUUGGUACAUGAUUGCUUUCUUAUCGGUCAUAAUAAUUUUCAUAUUAUGGAUAAUCUUGAAGUUGGACAAAGAUUCUGAUUACGAAGCAACGGUUCUUAUUAUCGUUGCCGCGCUCAGUCAACAAGGGCUACCAUUUAACAGCAGUCACUUUGCAAGCCGCGUAGCCUUCCUUCAGACCCUGAUCUUCGGUUUGCUCGUCUAUAAUUGUUAUUCAGCAGCGAUAGUGUCUAGUCGAUUACGACACGUUCCUUGGGACAAAAUGAACGAUUCUUUGUAUUCGUUAGCGAACAGCAAGCUAAAGCUUAGCGCUAAUAAGGAUAUAUACUUCAACCUUUUGAUAAACUCUGCUCCACCGGACGUUCAAUAUUUUAAGAAACAUUGGGACACUUUACCGGAGAAUUCUAGGUUUCAACCGUUAUACGAGGGUAUAAGAGGCAUAAUGAAUCCUAAAUUUGCGUACCAUGUGAAUCCAAUGAACGCCUAUCCAGUUAUAGAAAUCAUGAUGACCAAGAUGAUGAUUUGUCAACUCACCGAAGUUCAUUUGCUUCGACCUUCCAUGUUAGGCUUUUGGUCGUCUCAUCAUAGUCCGUUGCAUGAAAUAGCGAAGAUAGGUCUUAUCAGAAUAUUAACUUCUGGAAUUCGAAAACGAGAGAUGUACCGCUGGACUUCUAGAAAGCCUUAUUGCGACGAACACAAACGCUAUGUAUCAAGCGUUACGAUUCUCGAAGCAACGCCGGUUAUACUACUUUUGCUUACUGGGAUAAUAUUAUCUGUCGUUAUUUGCGUUAUAGAAAAUAUUGUUUUCCGUGCAUUUCAAACAAAACCGGAUACUAUAAAAAAGCUGGAAUGUUCAAACAAAUUACACCAGAAGAAAGUAGCAUCUAUCACAGCACCGGGAAACAAAACUAAUGGAAGUAGAAAUAUUUGCACUAAACGCAAAGAUGUAAUAGUUCGAUAAAAUCAUAGGUAUUUAAGUUGAGCACAGUU